CGGCCCCGCCAAUCGGUGCCAGCCGGGCCCGGCGAGGCGGCCCGGGCCGGAGGGGGGGGACAGGCGGGGGGGGGGCCCGGCCCGGCCCGCCGCCGCCGGCCCCGCCGAGCCAUAAAGCCCAUGGGGAGCCGGCGGCGGCCGGGCUGAGCGAGGCCAGGACCCCGGGUGCCCUGGGGCCCUCCCCAAGCAAGAUGACGUCGGCCACCAAGGUGUACUACAGCCAGACCACGCAGACGGACAGCCGCCCGCUCAUCGGCUCGGGCCUGCGCCGGCGCCGGGUGAUGACCAAGGACGGCCGCAGCAACGUGCGGAUGGAGCACAUCGCCGACAAGCGCUUCCUGUACCUCAAGGACCUAUGGACCACCUUCAUCGACAUGCAAUGGCGGUACAAGCUGGUCCUCUUCUCUGCCACCUUUGCGGGCACCUGGUUCGCCUUCGGCGUCGUCUGGUACCUGGUGGCUGUGGUCCACGGGGACCUGCUGGAGUUCGACCCACCGGCCAACCACACACCGUGCGUUAUGCAGGUGCACACCCUCACUGGUGCCUUCCUCUUCUCCCUGGAGUCCCAGACCACCAUCGGCUAUGGCUUCCGCUACAUCAGCGAGGAGUGUCCCCUCGCCAUCGUCCUGCUCAUCACCCAGCUGGUCCUCACCACCAUCAUGGAGAUCUUCAUCACUGGCACCUUCCUGGCCAAGAUCGCCCGGCCCAAGAAACGUGCCGAGACCAUCAAGUUCAGCCAAAAUGCAGUGGUGGCCCAACACAACGGCAAGACCUGCCUGAUGAUCCGCGUGGCCAACAUGCGCAAGAGCCUGCUCAUCGGCUGCCAGGUGACGGGCAAGCUCCUCCAGACCCACCUCACCAAGGAGGGCGAGAGCGUCCGCCUCAACCAGGUCAAUGUGGACUUCCAGGUGGACACCUCCUCCGACAGCCCCUUCCUCAUCCUGCCCCUCACCUUCUACCAUGUGGUGGACGACGCCAGCCCCUUCCGGGACGUGGCCCUACGGACGGGCGAAGGCGACUUCGAGCUGGUGGUCAUCCUCAGUGGUACCGUGGAGUCCACCAGCGCCACGUGCCAGGUGCGCACCUCCUACCUGCCCGAGGAGAUCCUCUGGGGCUACGAGUUCACACCGGCCAUCUCCCUCUCGGCCAGUGGCAAGUACGUGGCCGACUUCAGCCUCUUCGACCAGGUGGUGAAGGUGACGGCGCCCUGUUGUCUCCACGAGACCGUCCGGUUCGGGGACCCCGAGAAGGUGAAGCUGGAGGAGUCCCUGAGGGAGGCGGCAGAGCGGGAGCGGGAGGGAGCACCCCUGAGCGUCCGCAUCAGCAACGUCUGAGCGCCCGCCAGGAUGCCGCUGAUGCCGCCGGAGGUGCCACCAGCCCCCAGAGAUGCCACCAGCACCCGGAGAGGCCACCAGCUCUUUCCCCGAUCCUGUCCUCCUGGGCCGUUUUCCCCCUUCCUUGUGGCAUGGGGCAGCUCCCUUGGGGACCCCUGUGGGUGUUCGCCUGCCAGUGGGGCUGUCCCCCCACCCCAUCCCAGUCCACCCGGGGACAGGGCUGUCCCCGUCCCUCCUCACUUAAUGCUCUGUUAUCACCAGCCAGAGACCCCCAGCCCCACCACAGGACACAAUCCUGCCGGGAGAUGCUGUCCCCAGGGAGGGGGACAUGGCCACCUCCAGCCCCUGGGGACAGCCCAGGGACACCACUUCUUGCCAGCCGGGAGCCGUCUUGCUGCCCGAUCCCACCCCAGUGAGCUGGGGUUGAGAACCAAGCCACUCGCUGCACAUGUGGGCUGGGGAACGGGAGGCUCCAACCUCGUGGGACCUCUCCCCUUGCUCGUGGGACUCCCCAUCCCUGGGAAGGCUCAGGCUGGGGGGUGCAGACCCCCUCCCCAGCCCAUCUCCCCCCUGCACCCCCUUUGUCCUCCCCAAGGCCCCCAGCCCCACAGCACCCAAACCACUGGGGGCCAUGGGUGCACCCCCAUGUCCAGGGUCAUCGCACACUCAACAGGGGAAACUGAGGCAGGAGGAGCCUCUGAGCCCCCCUGUCCUCUACCACCACCCCCAGAGCCGGGCCCUCCUCCCUGCACUGACCGACCCCCCCCCCCCCCCCCUCUGGGCUGCGGACACACACACACACACACACACACACACCGGGGCAUCACCGAUAAUCGGACACGGCUGCGGCGCCGUGUCCCCCUGGGCCGGGCGCCCCCCCCGGCCCCGCUCGAGCCCGUCGCUGCUGCUAACGUAGAGCUCUGCUAUUAACGUGUGGCCCCAGCUGCCCCCCCUCGCUGCGCUGAGGCCAGGUGAUACAUAUACAUACAUAUAUAUAUAUAUAUAUAGUGCGACUAAUCUAUAUAUAUAUAACAGGGAAGGAAGGUUCCCCCCUGGAAAGACUGGCUCGCCGAAGCUCCGCUGCCACCAAGGCACCCUGGGGUCUUGUCCUCGAUUUGGGGGGAGAAAAGGCGAAGCAGUUACUAAAUAAAGGUUACGUUGAUGGUG